UUUCCCGUCAGUCCGAGAGUUCACAUUUCAGAUGAAAAAUGGCGGCAGAAUUUUCUGAAUGACUACACAACUCUCGCGAUUAUCUGCUUUGCAGGGUUGUAGAGUUGAUGUCAAGGGCCUAGCAGAUUCCAUCUGUGAUGAUGGCCUCCAAUCCCCUGUUCACCGGACCUAAAACAGGUAACCACCACCGACCCGGUAUGUUCACGUACAACACACAACAGAACAGGCUUCCUGCGAGACACUCCAACAUGGCCGCACCCUCAGACCAAGACAGCGUAGAGACUCCUCGUAAAAAGGCCAGACUGGAUAACGCCGCUACAGGAUCGGGUUUUAACGACACCUUCGCAGACGAUGACGAGUUUCUGACAGCCGAUGACUUGGAUCAGAUUGACUUCAUGGCAUCUCAGGCGUACAGCCAAGCAGACCCCUCAGAAACAGCACCCGCAGAGCCUAGGCAGCAGAAACAAAAUGGCUGCAACAUGGGCCAGGCAUCCACCAGCGCAACAAGAAACCUCGUCCAGAGCAAUGUGCCCAACUUCGAUUCCUUAACAAGUUUCUCUCAGGUCACAAACAACAGUUCACUUGGUAGCAGACAACUGCAAACUAAAAGACAAACCCAGGGGAGCACUAGUGGAGUGAGCAGUGCUGGUUCCUUUACUUUCAAAUCAGCAAGUGGUAGAACAACACACGUUUCAAACAGCAAUGUCCUACCAAAGGGAGGUGAUGGUGGAUCAUCUACCAAGGUGAUGGCUCAGAACUCCAGGGAGUUGGAGAACAAAAGAGGUGGGGGGAUGACUUUCAGACAGAAGGGAGAGGUGCAAGUAUCUUCUGCAGCUUCAGUAACAACAGGCAGCAACUUGAGCAAGGCAGGACCUUCAUCCACAAGGCAGACAGGGCCAGAUAUCAACCAACAAGAACUGAAUAGGCUGAAAGCAGAGUGUGAUAACUAUAAAAAACAGUUGGCAUCCUUGCAGGAGGAGCAGUUUGGUAAAGAGGGAGAAAUUAAGAUUCUCCGAGGCUCCUUAAAGAAACACCAAGAGGAAAUCGACCAAUUUAAGAAAGCCCGCCUGGAGGAAGAGGAAAAGAAGGUCCAAGCACAGACCUCCAAGGAGAAGGAACUGGAAAAGGAGUUGGAAAGACUUAAGACACAGCUGCAGUUCAAGGAAGCUGAAGUGACGGAGGCUCAGAACGUUGUGAAAGUCAUGGAGCAGAAAUGUAAAAGACUAGCAGAGGGAGGAAACUCCUCCACAACACCAGUUAACAGCCCAAAGGUGGGAGGGAUUCCAGCCAAGUUCAAGAGUGAACCAAAGUCCCCCCGAACGCCGGGCAGGGGAAACUUCCCAACAAAGGAGUCCUUCAUGGAGGAAGGCAAGACAAAAAAGUCACCAGGUCAGGUCAAAGGGGAAGGGUCAGGUGCUACCAACACUCCAGAGAAGAAUGUAUCCCCAGCCAGAAAGUCUGAAUCGCCUGGGGUAAAAUCAAGACUCCAGAACUCUCCUGAGAAGACUAGCAGUGAGGCUGCACAGGUGCCCCAGACAGAGAGACCACUGUCACUUGGGCUGGGGAUUGUCACAGAUGGCUUCUCAGGUCCACUCUUGAUGCAGAAACUUCUACUCCCAGGAAAUUUGCCAGCAUCAUAUGGCAAAAAGGAAUCUCACGAUGCUCAGCAAGGCCUGCUCACCUUGUUCCAGCUUCAGUGCCAAGUUGACCAGCCUGCCUCAGGCUCAAAGGAUCAUGGUCAUCUAGGAAACGCCCAGGGAUCUAGCACUGGUCCAGUUCCAACAUCAUCUGUCAGUAGCUCUGCAAGUUCAACCACAACACUCAACCCUGAGCACCAUAAACUGGCUUUACAUGGGAUAUCUCAUCUCCUGUCUCCUGCAAGAAGAAAAGAAGACAACAAACAGCAUGUUGUUCAUCGAGAUGCAAAGUCACUGUCAGACCUGCUGAAGUGCCCUCCCCAGACAACAGAAUCUGUUGUGUCCCUCUUCCCUAUGAUAGAAGAUCACCUGAGUCAGUACAGAGAUGUUAUACAGACAAAGAUUAACCAGUCGCUAGUCACAAGCAUGGACAGCUCUUCUAAAGGUGGAAGUUUUGAGGGAGGAUCCAUAGACUCCAGUAACUGCAGCUCUAAUGUGUCGGAGUCUGUUGUAAACUUCCGUCAGGCCAAAGAGGGAGCGGCAAAUGCCUUAAGACUGUUGGAGAGGUUGUUACGGUACUGUCCAGAGGCAGGGAAUGUGCUGAUGCAGGGCUGGGUCAGCUCUCAGUCUCAGGAAGUGGCUGUGACGAUGCAUGAAAAGAUCCAAAGCGGGCAGCAAGAUGAAGAUGUCAUGAUUGUGGAGGAGGGGACAAGUAUUCCGUCUCUUGAAAAGAAGAUGGACACAUCUACAGGUAACACAUCCACAAUCGUAAUGGCAUCGUCCAGUCCUGAACAGACCACAAGGAGCCCCAGCUUCCAGACCCACCCCUGGCUCUCUACCUGUCAACUGUUUGGAGACCUGCUGAAGUUAUUUGACCUGCAGGUCAAUCAUAAGGUGCACAGUGCACCAGUGGUUACUAUGGCAACACUGGAGGUCCUGACAGCACUGGCUUCAAGUUGUGACAAGAAGGACUUGGAUAACUUCAAGCCACUGUUUUCAGACAGCCUGUUGCCAUCCUGCCUGACAGAAGACUGUGAUGUGAUGAUUGUGACCCUGUGUGCGCAGUUACUGGUUUCCCUGACUCCAUGUACAGCACUGGUGUCUUCUUUCUGCACACAAACUGAGUCUUGCCCACUUUUGAACAUGUAUUACCAUGGCGAGCGGCAAGGGGGCGCUACUGUACAGCAAUGGGUUGCAAUGCAGCAACAGGUUGUGAGGUUACUGUCCACAGUGGUGUCCACUCACCCUGGUGGCACUACUCUACUGGUCAAGAGUGACUGUCAAUGCAGUAUGGAGGUGGUGAGAUCACUGGUCAUCAUGUUGUACCGAGCUGUGAGUGAAGUGUUAGAGGGCAGGGAUACUUCAUCAGCCAGAGAACAUCUCCAGCUCCUGAGAAGUGGCACCCUCGUGCUGCACCACCUGAGUCUGCAUGACCCCCUGUAUGGAGAGCACCAUGCCGCUGUAGAACACCAGUACACCAGACUGGUACAUGGGCUCAAGAGAGUCUUCUCUAAACUCACAGAUGUCAGGGAAAAUGAAGAAAUAGCAGUGCAUGACUUGUGGGAGUUGGACCAUCAGAUUCUGGAUGACAGUGGUGGUUCACAAGAUGAUCAGAUGGAGGUAGACCCUUAACAACAGACUGACAUCCUUCCGCAAAAUUUACCUACAUGAUAGUCAACAUGGUAGUUCCAUUCAAAUUAUAACUACUUAUUUGUAGAAUCCUUUGUACAUACCGGAAGCUUUUAUCAAAGAUGAAUUUACUUUGUAAUGGCCAAGCCUUGGAUCUCAACUUGUAUAUCUGUCAGUGAAGAAAUGCUUUGGCUUAUAACUUCAGUGCAACAGAUCCAAUGUAUGCUGUCACUUUGUAAUGUGGAAAAGAAUUAAAAUUUCUCAUGGCUUGCAUGCUUACUUAUGUAUCCUAUGAUAUCUUUACAUUGAACUUCAUGUUAACUUUGUUACGUAGAGAUUUAAUUUAGACUAAUGUCAACAAUAUGGGGAAGUGCACAUGAAGUACAACCAGUCAUAAAAUUCUUUGCAAUGACUUUUGGUCACAUUUUACUUGACAACCUUGCUGUAGAUUUCUUUCAAGAUGUCCUACAUGUAUAUAUCAAACCUGUACUAAUCUGUUGUAGUGAUGUCACUUUAUAGCUGAUGUAGUACAUUUGAUCUGUUGUUAUAGAUAUGUGUUGAAUGUAGUAAUAAAAAGUCUA